GGUAACUAUUAGAUAUGUGUGGAUAAAAAGGAAAUGGUGGUAGGAAACGUUUUGUUGCGUUCUAAUUACUUGCCGACCCGGGAAAGAGAAAAUGGAAGACAUCCACAGUGUAGAAAUUGUCCCAUGUACAAAUUCGAGGUUUCUGCGGCCGAAACGAGUUAAAUAUACUCAGAAUGGUGUGCAGAAAACGUGGGACUACAUGCAUGUACAUGACAGCGUGGUGAUUCUCAUUUACAACCCCAAGCGGCAGGUGUUCUAUCUUGUCAAGCAGUUCCGGCCAGCUAUUUACAUGAAUACCUACCAUAGGCUUCAUGGUAACCCAGAAGAAAAGGACGGUGUGCAGACCCUUCCAGGUAGCGAGGGUGUCACCUACGAGCUGUGUGCGGGAAUCGUGGAUAAGGAUGUCAGUCUGAAGGAGAUAGCUCAGUCCGAAAUCCUGGAAGAAGUUGGGUUUCAAGUACCCCUGGAGAAGAUAGAAGAAGUUACUUCAUACAGAGGUAACGUUGGCGUGGCGGGAUCGCUGCAGACCCUGUUCUAUGCUGAGGUGACAGAUGACAUGAGGGUUUCUGCAGGAGGAGGGGUGAAGGAGGAGGGGGAGAUGAUAGAUGUGGUGGAGCUUCCACUGGGGGACAGCCGCAACUUCAUCAUGGACUCCUCCAUCAACAGACCUGGACUCCUCUUGUUCGCAUUCAUGUGGUUUUACGACACAAAAAUGUCACAGUCGGGAAACUCUAGUUAGUCCAGCAGCAUAGCUGGAUAAGUCUGACCAAUUGUGCGUGUUAGCCUCAAAGAACACAAUUUGGAACACAUGUAGUUCAACACAUUCUACAAAAAUUUGCUUCUCUUUAAAAAGUUGUAUUGCUAUAACAUGGAUUAUCAUGUAUGAUAUUUCAUGACAAUGUUGUCGGAACAUUCACUCUUUAGCAGCAAGUGUACAUUUCCAUCUUUACAUAUAUGCUUCAAGCUAGGGUCACAGAUCAAUACUGUCAUCUGUAAUCAUGCUACAAUACCAAAAUUUGCAUUAAAAUCUUUAAACUUUUGUUAGAGUUAACAUUGAAUAAAUCUUUUAAAAAUUGACACGACAAAAAGAGUAUCAUGAUGUACAAUAUGAUACAUUGAUAAAGUGACGAAAUUUCAAAGUUUUAAAAUUUUGCUUACAAUUGGCAACACACACUCAUAUUUAAUGUAAAGAUUAUGCUGUAUUAUUAGAUUGAGCAGGUCUCAACAAAUCAUUACUGGUCCUGUCUUUAUAUGUUGUUGAAAUAAAGGCUGAACUAAACCCUCAA